CCCCGAUCGCCUUCAUUUGAGGCAGGGAACGCCUAGUUUGAAGACUACAGAGCCUUAGAGAUGUUGCCACAGCUUAUUGCAGCUUUUUUUUUGCUGGGAAAUCACGGGCUUGCCCAGGACGUUAAAUUGAAUCAGUCCAGUCCCGUGACCGUUGCAAAGCCUGAUACUACGACAACUCCGAAGUCAAUGCCAAGUUCAUCUAGUAAUUUCAAUGUAAGCCAACUGAUACGUGAUCUUCUCGACGGUUAUGACAAGAGACUUCGCCCUAACUUUGGAGGUCCCCCAGUCAAUGUGUCUGCGACUGUCUUCAUUGAGUUCAUCGGUGAUAUCGAUGAAAUCAACAUGGAAUUUACGACAAUCAUGUACUUCCGUCAAUACUGGAAAGACGAGCGUUUGAAAUACAACCACAAAGGAUACAAAAAGAGACUUGCUUUUAAUCCUGAAAUGCUCAAGUUCAUCUGGGUUCCGGAUACACAUUUUCCUGGAAUCAAGGACGGGCUUAAACACGACAUCACAGACACCAAUGAAGUGGUCCGACUGUGGCCUGAUGGUGCCGUACUGUACAGCAUGAGGCUGAAAAUAACAUCACAGUGCCCGAUGAACCUGAUAAAUUUCCCAAUGGACAAACAAAAAUGUUAUCUAAACAUUGAAGCUUUCAGUUACGAUGACCAAGAGUUGAUCCUUCAAUGGUAUCACAAAAACCCUGUGACGGUGUCAGACAAAAUUCAGAUCCCCAGCUACACUUUGACAUCUUAUGAUCAUUAUUCAGACACUGAGGACUUCUCGACUGGAACUUACUCCCUCUUAACUAUUCAAUUUGAUUUGACUCGUCGAUUGGGAUUCCACAUGAUUCAGAUUUACUUGCCGUGUUACUUAAUUGUGGUCCUGGCUUGGGUUAGUUUCUGGGUUGAUCGCGAACAAACCGCCGCUAGGAUUGCCAUGGGAAUCACCACUGUUCUUACCAUGGCAACGCUGAUUGGUAGUGCCAGGACUUCUCUACCAAAGGUUUCGUACGUUAAGUCCUUGGAAUGGUUUCUUAUGAUGUGCUUUCUGUUCGUGUUUUCCGCCAUCUUGGAAUACGCCUUUGUGUCUUAUCUGGUGUUCAAGCAGCGAGAGGAAGAGCGAAACAGGGUUGCAAUGAGGAAGAAACAUGACGAGGACAAAGCUUCCGAAGCUGCAGAGGUAUUGGUCGAUAAUGACAAAACGCCUCCUUCGCCUGGUAGCCGCCCCUCUUCAGGUCAAGAGGCGGUCUGGAUACCAGGGAAAUCCCAGGUGGAGACUGUGACGAGACCGGGCAAGUGCCGAGGCUCCAAGAAGCCUCCAUCGGAGGAUCAUUAUGUCAGGAUUCUCAAUACUGUGGAGUUUUUCUCCAGGCUGCUGUUUCCAGUGGUGUUUAUCUUUCUGAACAUCGCUUACUGGCUCUAUUACGGAGGAAUUCUGUAAGAGGAGACUCUGUUGGCGAAUGGUGGAAGAUGUGUUGGAGGGGAGAGGCAUACAUAGCUCUCUUUUCAUAAUUAAAUGGUAAUGGAUUUGCUUUACUGAGCGUUUGUUAGGCGGUUUUGUCAUAACUAAGUACUUUAAAUGGUUAUUAUCCCAAAGGCUUAUUGAAACUGGUUUUUGUUUUUUUUCGCUUGGGGUCAGAAUUAAUUCAGAUGCGCAUGUCCAGUUUAUUCUUGAGCUUGAACGUAACUAAAGAGGAUAUGAAGUUUUUUGAGAUACAGAGUGGAUUUCUUGAGGAUUGAACAUAACAAAGCGUGGAGGGAGCGUGUAAUUUUUGACAAAUUACGUAAAGGACUUUAUAAUAGAGCAGUAAUACCUACACGGGAACUGGAUUGAAAUGAUGUUUGAUAUAAGUCGAAGCCGUCGCAUCGUUCUCUUUACGACGAAUGACUGAAACAAAAAUAGGGAUCGUUGCAUUUCAUAAAUUAUUUGAUAAUUGUUCUUUCGCCUUGUUGCCGUAAGUAUUAUUUUGUCUUUGAGUAGAUAUAUCGAAUUGUUAUAGUAUUAUUAAAGGAAAUACAGAUGUAAAAGGAAAGUUAUAAAGGCCAAAUAAUGCAGAAAUUUCCCUGAAGCUUUCCAUCUCAAAGUGUAAUACUUUACACUCGUUGAGUUUGACAGGAAGGCGUUCUCUGGUAACAUCGACUUAGUAUGUUACGCUAGUAAGCCUAUAAACGAUUGGGGAGUGUUGUUAACUUUUAAGUUCUUAUUAUUGUAAAGGUUUAUAUAACAAUGAUAUUGUAGUUUGGGGCAAGUUUUACAACUCUUUUAUCGUUUACUUCUUUUUGUAUUAUAUACUUUGUAGACCGUUUUUGCAAGCUUUAGACGACUUUCGAUCGAUUGUUAAGAAAAUCGAUAAUUAACUACUCAUUAAGCUUUCGUGAGUAGGAUCAGUGGGCGAGCAAUAAUUGCUAAAAUCAACGAAAUUUCUGGUUCAGUUGAAAAAAUUCUAUAAAAAUUUCUUAGGUAACUGGAGACAUGGGGUCUUCUCCUACAAGUAAAAUUGACAACUUCCUGUCUCCUUUUUCGAUUUGACAGGUCCUUAAAAUGAUUUAGCUUACACUCAUUACUUGUACUAGUUAACACACAAAGAUUCCUGGAACCUCUUUGAUUUUAUUUUAUUGGAGGGGAGACUAACCCUUUUCUUUAAAUAGUUUAAAGUUUGUUUAAUACUUAUAGUACUAAAAAAGGAUUUAGUGGCCCGGUAAGAAUCUUAAAAUUUCAAGUUUGAUACACUUGUCAAACAAUUUUGCUCUUAUCUUUAUUAAAAGAGGGAGGGGGUGAUCCUCGCCUAAAAGUGGGACCUUUAUCAAAAAAUAAAAUAAAUUUCGGGGGUUAAAUCAUCAAGUUUUCUUCUAUGUAUUUUAUCAGUCAAAUUAAAGAGUGUGAUUCACUCCUUGACCAUGCUGAUAUUGCUGACGUGAUUCGAAAGAGUUGGUGUGACAAGCAUCAUGUAAAUCUCAUAAGCUUUAACACUCAAUCCUUCGUGGCCAGGCAAUCGCGAUUGGGAAAUGUAUAUGAUAAAGAAAUCAUUGAUUUCGUCUUUCUAACUAUGUUAUAAUUGUUGUUAGGUUUGCUGCUAUAUAUAAGAACAUUCGUGUAGCGUUAGCGAUUAGAUAUUACAGCUAUCAAAUAUUUAUAGUAAAUUUAUUGCAUAGAAAUAAAACUUGA